AUGCCCCUCAAACUUGCCUUAACACCACGCUUAAGCUACUUCAUCUUGCUGGCGGCCCUCGCUCUGCUGGUAUGCAUCCACAGUGGAUCUAAGGUGGCUACGGCAUCCAGCGUAAUCGACGCCAGAAAUGAUGCUUUGGAUCGCGAGGUGGGCGGUCAGAUCCACCGAUACUUGCGUGAGAGCAAGUGGACAGCUGAACAGGAAGACGGCAGCCCCGAGGCGAGGGCGAUUGGAGUUAAGCUGUCAGCUGCUACGGUGCUUCAAAAGCUGAUUAAUUCGCAGCCAACGAAAAAACUUUCAACAAGAGCCAUGGAAAUUCUUACAUCCAACAAUCAAAGAGCUACCGACAAACUGUUUGCGAGUCUCGGGGUCUGGGAGGUGGAAUCGAAGCUGUUUGCGUCUACUCCGUAUCAGAAGUGGGCUGCAUCCGUGAUGAAAUCCUACAAGAAGAACCCUGAAAAAGGCCAAGCAGCGAUAUUCUCUACACUUGUACGUCACCACGGCGAUGACAUUCUGGCCAAACUGGUAUCAGAAGCACAGCCAACCGCAGCGGCGAUAAGGACAGCCAAGAAAAUUGAAUCGAUGCAGAUAGCCAAUUGGGUCACAAACAGAAAAACGGAGGAGGACAUCUACAAGCUUUUAAAGCUGGACGCGGACAAGGAGGGUCUUCUGAGAAAUCCGUUGUUGAAUACGUGGGUUUCGUUUGUCAAAAAGCUUGAUAACGAGGAUCCGUACAAUUUGUUGCUGCUCAAGUUGACAAAAACCAAUGAUGAAGAAGCACUAGCUCACAUGCUAAUUGCAGCAAAGGGCGAUAGCCUUACAAGUAGUGUGGUUCGUAAUCUGGAGAAUGCACUGCUUACAGCCUGGCUGAGGGAUGGUAAAACGACAGGUGACGUCGCCAAGCUUCUCCGACUAAACGCAGACAAGGGAGAAAGUUUUUUGCGGAGCGCGGCUCUGCCCACGUGGUUGUCGUACAUUCGACAACGCAACAAAGAUCCCAACAAAGUUUUAUUCUUGGAGCUGCAGAAUCGAUUUAGCGACGCAGAGUUAGCCAGAGUGUUAGUCGCGGCGUCGAGGGACAAAAACGUGAAGAUCAAUGUUACUGCUCUACAAAAGUUACAGCUCAGUAAAUGGCAUGGAAGGGGGGACACGGCAGAUGACAUUUUCAGACAUCUUGGACUAAGCAAGGAGGGUGAAGAACUCCUAGAGAGCUCAGUGUUUAAUACUUGGGUGUCCUACGUGAAGUUAGUUGACUAUACAAAUACUGAUGCCUUGGUGUUCUCAGUGAUGAAGAAGCACUACAGCGACGAGAUCCUCGCAAAAAUGAUUGCUCAAGCAAAAACAAGUGUAUUAACGAGAGCCCUGGCUUCAAAAUUAGCGGCGGAAAUGUGGCGGAGCCCAGGGAAAUCUGCGGAUGAUAUUUUUAAGUUCUUUCAACUUGACAAAACAGGUGAUGACCUGUUCGAGGCCCCGAUGUUUGACGCUUGGAUCUUGUAUGUUGAAAGACUCAACAAGUACGAGAAACAUCCAGAUAAAUUCGCUCUUUUUACGGAGCUCGAAAAACGCUUCGAUUACGUGGACCUCGCACGAAUGCUUAGCCAUGCUAAGAUCCAAGCCGAGAUGAAAGGACAUUCUGUAGAGCGUCUUUUCAGUUUGCGGAACCAGCAGUUCGAUCAGUGGAUGAACCAAAAGAGGUUGGAUCCAGGAAGAGUCGCUGCACUGGUAGCCGAGCAACCGCGUGACAUAAGAAACAACGGCGUCGUCCUCGGCUUCUAUGACUUCUACAAGGCUAAUGGUGGAUCGCCGUUGUACUAA